CUGUCUGACUACCUUUCAUUCAUUCAUUCAUGCAUUCAAUUUUCCGGCCGACGAAGAUAUAGUCGGAUUCAUAGAGAUGGGUGAAGCUUUGGUCGGUUCUUCCAUUGUUGCUUCAUUCAGUAGUAGUAAGCUUUCUUCCUUACGCAGCAGCAGCAGCAGCAGCAGCAAGGGCUUUCUCGGCGCCCUAAUCAAUCCAGACAGGUUGCAGUUUCGACGAGGACUCGUCUUCCAAUUCAAUUCCAAUUCCAAAUCGAAAACCUCGUUAUUGCUCAGCGUAAGAAGCCAAGUCUCAACAGCUACAACUUAUUCUUCCUCCAUCACCACCGAUAUCCCCCUUUACGAAUCCCCUACGGCUUCAUUCGAUCAUUAUUUGGAGGAUAAACCAAGAGUCUUCGAGGCAAUCUUUCCAGACAAAAGAAGAAGCCAGAAACUUAACAAGGAUGAGUGGAGGAUCCAGAUGCUGCCAAUACAGUUCUUGUUCUUAACUGUGUGGCCUGUCAUAGACAUGAGAUUGGCUUAUAAAUUGGAUGGUAAAGAUUAUCCUUCUGGAGUUCCUACAGAAAUUUCCAGGGUUGUAGAGCUCAACAUUGUAAGAUGGGAGUUAAAAGGACUAGAUAAUGUCUUCAAGCCAUCCGAAUUCAGUCUUAAUGUAAAAGGAGCCUUAUACCCUGAUCGAAGAGGAGGUAGGAGCCGGUUAAAAGGACAACUUCAAUUGAGUAUAAGCUUUGUCCUUCCUCCUGUUCUUGCCUUGGUUCCUGAAGAUGUUCGUCGAGAUGUUGCAGAAACGGUUCUGAGGAGCUUGGUGAUGAACAUGAAGCAGAAAGUUAACAGUAGCUUGCUAGCGGAUUAUAGCGAAUUCAAAAGAGAGAAGAAACUCAAGGCCUUGGUUUGAAAUUUGUUAUCAUGUAAAGUGUGAUGAUUAUCUUUCACAAAUUAAUCAUAUGACAUUAAUUAUC